AUGGGCGAUAAUAGACUAAGAUAUCUUUCAACAUGUUCCGAAGAUGGAACACGUCGAACAUAUAAACGUAGUCCUGCACAAAGGAUAUUCGUUAACAGGAAUCUGCGAAUGGAGAAGAUUAAGUUCUUUGGAUUUGAUAUGGAUCAUACCUUAGCUGUUUAUAAAUCUCCUGACCUUGAGAUAAUGACGUUUGAUAUGGUUGUGGAGCGUAUGAUCAGUAUUGGAUAUCCAGACGAUUUACGUUCAUUCAAGUAUAAGCCAUUAUUUCCGGUCAGAGGGCUAUGGUUCGACCACCUAUAUGGAAAUCUACUUAAAGUGGACGGCUUCGGCAAUAUUCUCUUCGGCAUUCACGGUUUUCGAUUCAUGCAACCAUCCGAAAUCGAAGAUUUAUAUCCGAAUAAAUUUUUGCAUUUAUCCGAUAACCGUGUCUAUGUGCUUAAUACACUAUUCAAUCUUCCGGAAACUUAUUUGGUGGCAUGCUUAGUAGAUUAUUUUGACAGCAGUGAGCAAUACGUGUCGACCGAUGAUAAAACCGGUGUUAAAUGUGGUGAAAUGUUCAUGUCAUAUCGUUCAAUAUUCCAAGACAUUCGCACAGCCGUUGACUGGGUGCAUUUCGAUAGUAAUAUGAAGACUAUAAUCUUGAAUAAUCUCGAUAAAUACGUGGUCAAAGAUGCACGAAUCAAGCAACUUCUUCUACAAAUAAAACAAAGUGGAAAGCAGUCAUUCCUUCUAACCAACAGUGACUACACAUACACGAAUGGUAUGAUGAAGUAUUUACUUGGUGAUGAUUGGACGUCAUAUUUCAAUAUAACUGUUGUGAGUGCGCAUAAACCGAAAUGGUUCGCUGAAGGUACCGUCUUUCGUGAGGUGAACCUUAAAACGGGUGACCUGAAAAUUGGUAUUCAUACUGGUCCGUUGAAACAAGGGGUUGUAUAUUCGGGAGGCUCUUGCGAUGCGUUCAGACGACUAGUAAAAGCUCGUGGUAAAGAUGUUCUAUAUAUUGGUGAUCAUAUUUUUGGUGAUGUAUUAAGAUCCAAAAAGGCUCGCGGAUGGCGAACAUUCUUGGUAGUACCUGAAUUGAACCAAGAAUUAAUGGUAUGGACCGAAAGAAAGCCAUUAUUUGAUCGGUUGAAUGCACUUGAAGCAGUACUCGCUGAUGCGUAUAAGGAUUUAGACAGCAAUGCGAAAGAGAAGCCUGUGAUAACGACAAUUGUUGAAGCGAUCAAGUCACUGUCGAAUGAAAUGGACAAUGAAUAUGGCAUUCUGGGUUCGUUGUUCAGAAGUGGUUCGCGAACAACCUUUUUCGCCUCGCAGGUGGAGCGAUAUGCGGAUGUCUAUGCAGCAAGCUGCUACAAUCUAGUGCACUAUCCGUUGUUCUACUUCUUUCGUGCACCGAUGACACUGAUGCCUCAUGAGUCAACUGUCGAUCAUGACUCAGUGAUGCAACCUCUCCAUAACACUGCCAGCUGCACAUCCAGACAUAAUUCAAUCGGACAACAAGUUCGAGGUUUGAAAUUACAAGCAACACCAUUUUGUCACGAAGAAGAGGAAGAAGAGGCAACGUCGAAUAGUGAUAAUGAAACUGAGAAACGCGAUAUGACAAGUUUAUCAGAUGAUCUACCAUCUCAACUCAACAAUUCUGAUAUUGUGCAUUCUGCAACUGUGCACGAAGAUAAGAAUAUUUCGGCUGAUUAG